AUGACCAUUCAGCUCACCUCGAAGCUUAACGGGAAGUUUACUCUGCAAUUAAAGGAGGGUAGUCAGACGCUUUCCCAGUUGUCAGUCUAUUUCUAUAGUGAUUCGUCAGGCUCUGCUCCUUCACAACAAACCGAAAUAAUACAUCCUACAAACUUAACAGAACAUUCGGGGAGUCCAUUCCCAAUAUCUUUGGAAGAUGGACCCGUCUUUCGCGAAACGCUUAAUGAUUAUGAAACCAAAAUCACGAAAUUAAAGCAAGCAAUACGGUCUACGAAUGACCUUUUAAUUAACUAUGAGUCCUUAUCCAAUCAGCUUUAUAAUUCAAGAGCAUCGCUCAUAAAGUCCUUUAGCGUCAUCGAAUCCACUUUUCCAACUUUCUACUAUUGUGAGUUUGACAAAUCUAUUGUUUACUCAUUUGAGAACCUAACGGAUGAGAACAAGUCUGCCAUAAAGCAGCUGAAAUCCAGACUCUCGUCAACUGAUAAACUCUCCGGACUAGAAUCAUAUUUGGCAUCCAAGAAACGAGUUUUCGAGGACGAAAGCAAAAAGUACUACGAUUGGCUCUCGCGAUUACUUAGUUCAGGCAAGUCAAAAGACGAUAAACUUCUUCAGAAAAGAAAGAGCUUUGAAUUGGCUAAGAUUGACUAUUUUGUUUUUCUUUUCGACACUCUCGUUGACCUUGUUUUGGACUUUUGCAACCCUCAAAGUCCCUUCAUCAACGCAUACAGCUCCUCAAAAUCACAACGGCAGAAAAUCAGAGCAGCAGUGGAACGCGCCUCUUCAAUGGCUGAAUUAAAUGCAGAAUUAUCCAAGAUACAUGGCAUUGCCGGCCCUAACAAGUCUGGUAUCUUGUUUACCCAAGGAGGCCAAGGAAAGUCUGGUUGGCACAAGCAAUGGGUUGUGCUUAACAACGGUAAACUUUCCGAGUUCAUGGACUGGCGAAAAGGCACGUCAAGGCGUAACGAACCUAUCGAUAUUUCUUUAUCAAGCAUCAAACCAUUGGAUAUGGAAAAGCGCAAAAAUUGUUUUAGGGUCAUCACUAGUACUGGUAUAGAGCACUAUUUUCAAGCGACGUCUGAGGAGGAUCGCGAUUCCUGGAUUCAAGCAUUGUAUGAUGCAGGUCAACAGAUUAAUUUCCAUAAGUCCAGAGGUGACUUGGCAGGAGAUCCACUUUUUGUAAAUGCUAAGAAGACAAGAGAGAUACGGUCUUCAAGCAAUGACUCGAAAAAGGAAUCCCUACAAAAUGACGGCCGGCACAGAAGAGUGUCCUCGGUUUCCUUAGAGAAUCUGCGCAUGGUUCAAAAAGCUGACAGCAGCAAUACUCGCUGUAGCGAAUGUGGAUCAACAGAGUCGGUUGAGUGGAUUUCUAUGAAUCUACUUGUUAUCUUCUGUGUCAAAUGCUCUUCUUGCCACAGAUCGCUUGGGACCUCUAUAUCUAAAGUCCGCUCACUCAAACUUGAUGUUUUCACUCCGGAAAGCUAUAAACUUUUGCAGUACAUUAACAACAAGUCAAGCAAUGCUAUAUAUGAGGAGUUGCUGCCCAAGGAAUCUCACAUUAGCCCUGAUUCCAACGAUAAAGAUCGGCUGAGGUUCAUCACCAAUAAGUAUGCCGCAAAACAAUACGUUAAUCGAAAAGACGCUUCAAAAGCUUCUGAUUUCUUGAUCCAUGGCGUUCGAACUCAUAAUAUUCCAGAAAUAAGCAAAAGUUUUGCGCUUGGUGUUGAUCGUGAUCUGAAAUUAUACAAGCCGACUGAUCAUCUCACAAAUCUGAAACCUCAUGCAUUUUCUGUUUUGGAGUAUGCUUUAAAUUAUCCUUCGUUGGAGGGCAAGGACAAAUCUAUCAAAGUUUUUGAUCUCGCUGAAUAUCUCAUUCUGAAUGGAACAAACUGUGGAGACAAGGUCCAGAAUGUUAUAGGCUUAUCCGUCGAAGCAUUGGAUUAUUGGCAAUCGAAAAUUGACCGCUUUAAAGGGAACUCUACCAAAACCUCUACUAGUGAAUUGUUAUCUCAAACAGCAGCAGCACCAAAGUCUACACCCAAGGAGCAUAAAUUCAAUCUUCUCAAAAAGAAGUUGAAAAACUGA